GCUCGUUGCCUUGCCGGACUAGGCGAUAUUUGGGAGUGUAGUUUGUAACAGUGUACUGAUAAUUUGGGCUACAUAGGCUGAUACACUCGGUGAUGGAUGAGGGGCCGCCUACAUCUCACAUCUGUAUGAAGGAAAAUGAUGAAAAGAAGCAUAAUAUUUACUCGCUUUAGAAUCAAACGUGGAUAAUCAGCGCUGCCUCGCUCCUACUCCCCUGGAAACAAAGCGAGACUAACCAAAUGCGGAUUUGACUUUAACUACGACUUCAGUUGUGUGUGUAACGUUAUAGUGGCAUCGCCGGGCGGCUGUCGCACUGUUAAAACUACACAGCUCCAGGGCCUAACGUUACAUAUUGAAAAGGCCUGCUCGUUUGGUAGAACAACUGUUUGAGGUCUUGACUACAACGAGGAGGAGACAGCAGUUUUUUUGGCGAGCAGAUGUACCAUAUGGAGGACUGAGCUCGAGCACUUCGCCCGCUCCUGAGCGACCGACAUGGGAGAACGAAGCAGGGUCUCACAGCCAUGAAGACGCCGCCAUGUUGCCUUGAGCUGGGAAUACCUGCACCUAUGGCAUCAUGGUCAGCGUGAGCUCAGCAGCAACGAUGCCGGUUCACCCUGGAGAAGAAUGGUUCACUCCACUACUGUUCCCCUUCCAGAGGCAGGGGACACAAACGCCAGUCUCUGCCGCCUCGUUACGGGACUGCUGAACCUUUCCGAGAGGCCGCCGAUGGAGAACGUCUCCAUGGGCUCCCGGUCACCCCCGACAACGGAGGCCCCGGCGAGCCUGCGAGGCGUCGGCCUACCGCUGCAGGUCUUCUUCUGCUUCGCCAUGGUCGCCAUCCUGCUUCUGGCCCUGUUGGGAAACAUGGUGGUGUGCUUGAUGGUGUACCAGAGAUCGGCCAUGCGCUCGGCCAUCAACAUCCUCUUGGCGAGCCUGGCGUUUGCAGACAUGAUGCUGGCCAUCCUGAACAUGCCCUUCGCCCUGGUCACCGUCAUGACCACCCAGUGGAUUUUCGGAGACGUUUUCUGUCGAGUUUCGGCCAUGCUCUUUUGGUUCUUUGUGAUGGAGGGCGUGGCCAUACUGCUUAUAAUAAGCAUAGACCGUUUUCUUAUUAUUGUCCAGAAGCAAGAUAAGCUGAGCCCACAGAGAGCUAAGGUGCUCAUAGUGGUCACAUGGGGACUCUCUUUGGUUUUCUGUUUCCCGCUGGCUGUUGGCUCCCCUCCCCUACAGAUCCCUCCCAGGGCCCCUCAGUGUGUGUUUGGCUACAGCGUUGAGCCUGGUUACCACACUUACGUAUUGAUCCUACUGCUAGUCUUCUUCUUCCUACCUUUCAUGGUCAUGCUGUACACGUUUAUGGGGAUCCUGAACACCAUCCGCCACAACGCCAUCCGCAUCCACAGCCACACGGACAGCAUCUGUCUGAGCCAGGCCAGCAAACUGGGCCUGCUGAGCCUCCAGAGGCCCUUCCAAAUGAACAUCGACAUGAGCUUCAAGACCCGUGCCUUCACCACCAUCCUCAUCCUCUUCUCCGUGUUUACAGUGUGCUGGGCGCCUUUCACUGCCUACAGUCUGGUAGCUACCUUCAGUGACGGCUUCUACCACAAAGACAGCUUUUUCCAAAUCAGCACAUGGGUCCUGUGGUUGUGCUACCUCAAGUCAGCCCUCAACCCUCUCAUUUACUACUGGCGGAUCAAGAAGUUCCGCGAUGCCUGCCUCGACCUGAUGCCCAAGUACUUCAAGUUUCUUCCUCAGCUGCCGGGCAACACGAAGAGGCGCAUCCAGCCGAGCGCCGUGUACGUGUGCGGGGAGCAUCGCUCGGUGGUCUGAAGGAAAAAUCCACCCUCAACACUUCAACACUGUCAAAACGCAUCUUUACAUAAUGUACCAUGCAGUUCCGGGCCUGUUUUGUUGUUUGGUGGUAUACUUCUCUUGGUGUGUGUUCAGAACCA